AUGGAGAAAGAAAUUUACGGCAAUACAGCGAAUCCUGCCGUCCAAGACUGGGUUUCGGAAGAGAUACACCACGUGAUGGGUAACCACCGACCAGAGGACUGGGUAUACUCCGACAUUUCCUCAUUGAAGCGUUGUUUGGCCGUCAUGUACGAGACUCUGCGACUCUAUACACCAGUGCCCACGUCCAAGAUUGGCACGAUGAGUGUCCCAAGCUACGCGUCUUUACAGACAAACCCCAAAUUCUGGGGCGAAGAUUCCCUGGUGUGGCGGUCGUCCAGCUUCAUCAAGGCCUCGCCGUCUGGUGCCCUGGACAAGGAAGAUUUCCUCGGCCCCGACCGAGGGACGUUCCUGGCCUGGUCCUGGGGUAUGCGCGACUAUGUGGGCAGGAAGUUCUCACCUGUCGAAGAGGAGGAGGGCGAGACGCAAGAGGGCGAGACGCAAGAGGGCGCCCAGAAGAGGAUUUUGAGCCAGAUCGAGAAUGACUACGCGCCUGUGCUGCUCCUGCAGAUGUUGCAUCGGGAGAAAGCACCCUUGGUGUGGAGAGAAAAGUGA